CGCUUCACAAAACUGCAGAAGGACCUGCUGAAAGGGAUUGACCUGCCGAAGGGCGUUGUCCUAAACACCGCGCUGCGCGAGAACUUAAUCAUUCUUGCGGUCGGAAUCGCCCUGAAGAUUCCGACGUUCAUCAUCGGCUUGCCUGGGAGCAGCAAAUCGCUCGCGAAAGCUGUGCUGCAGACGCAAAUGCUGGGAAAGCGGUCGCCGCUUCCGUUUUUCCAGCGUCUUCCCUCAGCACAACUGCGCGUGCUGCAGUGCUCGCCACACACAACCGCACGCGACUUGCAGGGGCACUGCGACAGCGUUUGCAAGAUUCCGGACGCUGUGGCUGUGCUCGAGGAAAUCGGACUGGCGGAGAUGAGUCCCGACCUCCCGCUCAAGGUCCUUCACGAGAUCUUUGACGACAAGAGCAGAUUCGCAAACGCUUUUGUGGCUACUUCGAAUUGGAAUUUGGAUCCGGCCAAGAUGAACCGAGGACUCUUCGUCACGAGGUCGAUGCCUAGCGAAGAGGACCUAGUCGAAACGAUGCUUGAAUUCGUCGGGGAUCCGAGUCAUGCCAGUUGUACCAGCAGGCAGAAACAGGUGUCAACUACAUCUACUUCAAGCACGACAUCAACAAAUGCAGGAGCAGCGACGCUCGGAACGAGGACUGCUUUUCUGAAGAAACUGAGCGCCGCGUUCUUGGAGGUGGUUGCCGUGAUGGGCGAGAAGAAGGAAUUUCCGGAGGGCGCGUUUUACGCGCUACGCGACAUCUACUCCUGCGUCACGCAGAUGUACAACAUGAAAUCGUCCGCGCAAAUGUCCUCUUUAUUUCGUGAGAACGCAGAGUCGUUGCUGCAAAAGGUGGUUCGUCCUAAUUUUUCGGGGCUGCCUCCCUACGCACAACAAGAGGUGGAUCGUAUUUUCGAAAAACAUCUUCUGCUCCCUUGUUGUGAAAAUCGAGACAAAAAAGAACAACCAGAUGUUGGUGCUGCGCCUAUAAUUGACGGAAGUACUAGUGUGCUGAGCUGUGCACUUCGUCCUGUGCCUCCGCGUCGCGCUUCGACGAUGAGCUUAGUUAACGCGGCUUUUCUGCACCCGAAUGACGGUCACCGCUACCCAAUGCUCAUCUCCCGCAAUCCUGUGGCGACUUUGGCGUGGCUGCAAAAAAAUGGAAAAGCGGAUGCAGCUCCUGCUUGUCAUGAGCAGGAUGGAGAUGGCCAACUAGAAGAUGGAGGUUUGUCUUUGUACGCCACUGCGCACGUGAUCUGUGGCAGUGGGUUCUCUGGCGACAAGGGGUCCCUUGCUUACACCCAUGAGGUGAUAAGGGAAUUGAAGACGUCGCUGUCUGAGGGAAGGCCCGUCAUCCUGCUGUACAACGAAAAUGUGUACGAGAGUCUCUACGAUCUGCUGAAUAAGUUCUACCAGGAGUACUCAGGACGGUACUUCGUGGACUUGGGGCUUGGCCAUGCGCGGGUGAAAGUGGACAUCCACGAAGACUUCCGCCUUCUUCUUCUCGCGGACCAUGCCGAAGCAUACAGCGAGUUCCCCCCGCCCCUCCUGAAUCGAUUCGAAAAGCAC